AUGGAGAAAGAAACGAGGUGAAAACGCGCGCGAUGAAAAUAAAGAGAAAAACAAACAAAAAAGGAGAAAAGUAAGAGGAGAGAGGCAGGAGAAAGAGAAAAGAGAGAGAGAAAGCGGAGAAAAGAGGAGAAACAAGCGAGCAGUAGCGCAGUUUAUAUUAGUGAGAUAGGAAGAGUGGUAGCGCGUGUGUGUGGAAAAAGAGGGUGGGGAAAAGAGUGACUGAGAAAAAAGGGAAAAAGAGAGAGUGAGUGUGAGAGUGAGUGAAUGAGUGAGAGAGUGAGUGAGUGAUUGAGAGAGUGAGAGAGAAAGAUGGCUACAGUGGCGGCGGGCGGAGUGCAGCAGGAGAAUGGCUUCAGCACCGUGAACAGCUCCGGCAGAAUGAACGGACUCGCGCUCGGACAGAGCUCCAUUCCCAUGAAGGACCACGACGCCAUCAAGCUGUUCGUGGGUCAGAUCCCACGGAACCUGGAGGAGAAAGACCUCAAGCCGCUAUUUGAGGAAUUCGGCAAGAUCUACGAACUCACCGUGCUGAAAGACCGCUUCACCGGGAUGCAUAAAGGAUGUGCCUUUCUAACAUACUGUGCCAGGGAGUCUGCACUGAAGGCUCAGAGUGCUCUUCAUGAGCAGAAGACUCUGCCUGGGAUGAACCGGCCCAUCCAGGUGAAGCCAGCAGACAGUGAAGGACGGGGAGAAGACAGGAAGCUCUUUGUUGGGAUGUUGGGAAAACAGCAGAGCGAAGAGGAUGUACGCAGGCUGUUUGAGACAUUUGGUCAGAUUGAGGAGUGCACCGUGCUCCGGGGGCCUGAUGGGGCCAGUAAGGGCUGUGCCUUUGUCAAGUAUUCCAGCCAUGCAGAAGCCCAAGCAGCCAUCAACAGCCUGCACGGUGGCCAAACCAUGCCUGGUGCAUCCUCCAGCCUAGUGGUGAAGUUUGCCGACACAGACAAAGAGCGAACUCUGCGCAGGAUGCACCAGAUGGCGGGCCAACUCGGCGUCUACAGCCCCAUGACUAUCCAGUUUGGAGCCUAUGGAGCAUACACACAUGCUGUAGGAGCCGAUACAUCCAUCAUACAGAUGAUGCAGCAGCAGGCGGCGCUCAUGGCUGCCACACAAGGCACAUAUCUCAACCCCAUGGCAGCCAUCGCGGCCGCACAGAUGCAGCAAAUGGCAGCUUUCAACGGACUGGUGGCUGCACCUAUGACGCCCUCUUCAGGCACCAGCACACCUCCAGGCAUCAGUGCCACAGCAGUGCCCAGCAUUGCUGCCCCCAUCGGAGUGAACGGCUUUAGUGCCCUACCACCACAGAGCAAUGGCCAGCCAGCCUCUGAACCCAUCUACACCAAUGGAAUUCACCCUUAUCCAGCACAAAGUCCGACAGUGACCGACCAUCUUCAGCAAGCAUAUGCCGGUGUACAACACUAUGCAGCAGCCUAUCCUGCCGCCUAUGCGCCAAUCAGCCAAGCGUUUCCCCAGCAACCCACCAUCAUUCCCCAGCAACAGCGUGAAGGGCCAGAGGGCUGUAAUCUGUUUAUUUAUCACCUACCGCAGGAGUUCGGGGACGCUGAGCUCAUGCAGAUGUUUCUGCCCUUUGGCAAUGUCAUCUCUGCCAAAGUCUUUGUGGACCGGGCCACCAAUCAGAGCAAAUGUUUUGGCUUUGUAAGCUUUGAUAACCCAUCCAGUGCCCAAGCUGCCAUUCAGGCCAUGAAUGGUUUCCAGAUUGGCAUGAAGAGGCUUAAGGUCCAGUUAAAGAGGCCAAAAGAUGCCAACCGCCCUUACUGAUUGUGCCAACAUCCACUACCAGGAUAAAUGACUACAACACCUUAUUUUUACAAGUGGAGUAUACGUACAAAAGAUUUCCUUCUCUUCGCUCUGCCACAUGAAAGAAGAUCGGUCCUUUGAUUCUGUGGGAAAUCAUUAAGAGAUGUCACACCCGGUGAAUGAAGAAACGAGAAUUUCUUUUUUUUUUUUUUACUUUUAUCCUUUGGCUUUUUCCUUUUUCCCUGCUUUGGCAUUGGUGAAAUCAGAUUUUUGCAGAGACCAACUUUUUUGCUGCUGUUUUUUAGACAAGAUGGAAGAAUCUUUUUUGACACAUUAUUAUGCUCAAAGCAUGCAUACACACACACACAAUUACACACACAGCCAUAAACACACAAAAUGUAGAUACACAACCUGUUUGCACUUAGGCUGAUACUCAUCAAAAGCACUUCAUAUUUUGAAUACUGCUUAAUAUUGAUAUUAAAUACAUAUAGACACAAAUAAAAUACAUAGCACACAUG